UUAUAUUAUAACUUUUCUUAUAAAUAAUAGAUGGGUAUGAUCGAGGAAGCUAACUAGCUAAAAAAGAUGCUAAAUCGAUCAACAAUCGAAGAGUUUAUCUUGCUUGGACAGAAAUAUUACUAUGAUAUCAUAAUAGUUGCAGUGUUUUCUCUUGGAGUAACACUUUUGUUUUCAAAAGCUUGGAAAAGGGUCGCAAUUAGUUGGAGAGGUCAAAUCCCUGGACGACUUGGUUUACCAUUUCUUGGUGAAACCAUUUCUUUUCUUUCUGCUACUAACAGCACAAAAGGAUGCUACGAUUUUGUCAGACUCCGACGGCUACGGCAUGGAAAGUGGUUCAAAACAAGGAUAUUUGGGAAGAUCCACGUGUUUGUUCCGAGUACAGAAGGUGCAAGAAUGAUAUUCUCGAAUGAUUUUGCACUAUUCAACAAAGGGUACGUGAAAUCAAUGGCAGAUGCAGUUGGAAAGAAGAGCUUGCUCUGUGUACCUCAUGGGAAUCAUAAGAAAAUCAGGCGUCUCCUUUCUGAUCAUUUUUCCAUGAAUUCUUUAUCCACCUUCGUACACAAAUUUGACAAAAUGCUGUGCCAAAGUCUGAUCAAAUUACAUCAACGGAAUAAAAGCUUUCCUGUACUUGACUUCAGUAUGAAGAUGACAUUUGAUGCUAUGUGCAACAUGCUGAUGAGCAUCACAGACGAUUCUUUACUAGAAAAGAUCGAGAAAGAUUGCACUGCCGUCUCUGAUGCUAUGUUAUCUUUUCCUGUUAUGAUUCCGGGUACCAGAUAUUACAAAGGAAUCAAGGCACGUGAACGUCUCAUGGAAACGUUUAGAGGGAUGAUUGAGAGGCGAAGGAGAGGAAAUGAGACCCAUGAAGACUUCCUUCAGUCCAUGUUAGACAGAGAUUCAUACCCUCCUGACGAAAAGCUUGACGACUUAGAGAUUAUGGAUAACUUGUUGACAUUGAUAAUUGCAGGGCAGACCACCACUGCGGCGGCAAUGAUGUGGAGUGUUAAGUUUCUUGAUGACAACAGAGAAGCACAAGAUAGGCUCAGGGAAGAACAAUUGUCAAUAGCCCGAAACAAGCAAUCUGGAGCCUCACUGACCCUUGAAGAUAUUAACAAAAUGUCUUAUGGUUCCAAGGUUGUAAAAGAAACAUUAAGAAUGGCAAAUGUCCUACUAUGGUUUCCUCGCGUUGCACUCAAUGACUGCAAAAUACAAGGUUUUGAGAUAAAAAGGGGGUGGCAUGUGAACAUCGAUGCAACUUGUAUACAUUAUGACCCAGAUUUGUAUCCAGACCCCAUGCAAUUCAACCCUUCAAGAUUUGAUGAUCCGCAAAUGCCCUACAGUUUCAUACCAUUUGGAUCAGGAUCUAGGACUUGCUUGGGAAUGAAUAUGGCCAGAAUCACAAUGCUGGUGUUUUUACACCGUCUGACUGGUAGAUAUAAGUGGACAGUUGAUGAUCCGGACACCAGCCUUGAAAAGAAAACGCAUAUUCCUAGACUAAGGAGCGGGUGUCCCAUAACCUUGAGGUCCUUAUGAGAUGAUGCUUAAACAUUAGUUCAUACAUAAAUGGGUACGAGUAGCUGGAGUGCUUCAGAGGCAGGAGGCUUUGUCAGAAAUAUGCAGACCUUUUCAUAUAUUAGGAUUUCUGGAUUCAAAAUUCCAGGUGUAAACUUGUAUGGUCAUUGUUUUUUGGUGUCUUUUUGUGUGCUAGGACUUAAAAAAACAUGACCCUUUUGUGGUGAAGGUUCGCGUGCAGGUUGUUUGCUCUACCACGCCUGCACAGCACGUGCA